AUGACUCUCCUAAAAUGGGCCAGAAACGCGUUCAAAAGACCUCCAUUGACCCCAUUCAAGUUUACUAACUCCAACUUCAAAAUUAUUAGCGCGUCCGAGAUCCUCGAAGAAGAGCGCUUUGAAUUAUUCAGAAAGGGACACUAUUAUCCAGUAAACAUUGGCGAUGUCUAUAGCUCCAAGUAUCAGGUCAUUGUUAAAGGCCACCAAUAUGUGACAUUGAAAGCCUAUACACGCGACGAAGAUUAUCACGAAGAGUUCAAGAUCUACAGGCAACUGAGUCAGCGGAAAUCAUGGCAUCGUGGCUCCUGGCAUGUGAGAACAGCACUCGACACGUUCACCAUUUCUCGUUCAGGCGGCGACCACCAGUGUCUUGUCCAGAAACCGAUGUGGGAAAGCUUCAGCGAAUCAAAGUACAGAAACCCAACUCAUCGUUCUAUCGAAGAUCUCCUCAAGGCAGGUCUUAAGUAG